AUGGGGCAACCAAAGCAAGCCGAGCCCGUCUACAACAAGCCAUCCACAACGUCAUCACCGGCCUCCUCGACCCGCUCAAUACCAUCCGUACCACCACCACCUUAUUUCAAGUCGCAAUUCAUCUCCCCGUCCUCAUUCAAGUCCGUAGUGAAUGCCAAACUAGACAAGCCCGCCGUAUCCCUCUUCCGUCUCAGCAUCCGUAUCUUCCAACUCGCUUUCGCACUCGCAUCGGGCAUAUCCUACGCCAUUGAACUGAGCCAUGCAACGAGCACUUCGAAGACGGACUUCAUAUUCGCGCAAGUUGUUUUUGGUCUUACACUAUUGGUGCUAGUCAUCGACAGUGUAACAGUACGCAACUACCGUGUCACUUGGAUCCCGGAAUGGAUCUUGGCGGUCUUAUGGAUUGCUUCUUUCGGCCUCUUCUAUACAAUUUAUCUAAACGGGGAUAUCGAGCAGGGGUACCAGAACGUGGAUGUGGGGCGCAUGAAGAGAGCUGUGUGGUGCGACCUCAUCAACGCGCUGCUGUGGAUGGGAAGUGCACUGUUCUCUUCAGUAAUGUGCUGCUCGGGUAUCAAAGCCACUAUCAAGGCAAAGAUGGAAAGACGAAGACAGAGAAAGGAGGCAAGGCGACAAGUAAGGGAGGUUAGUCAGAUGGAGCAGGGCGUUAUUGACGCAUGA